CCUGUGGAGCUUGUCCUCAUUUGCGUGUUUCCUGCAUCUGCUCAACCUCAGUGUCCUGAUUUCCAUACAGGUGCGUCCUCUCGGCUCCAGCCCUCGUUUGACUGUCAAAGCAGGCGGCGCGGCUCCUUCUCUCUCCGCCCUGCGCAUCCCGCAUCCAGUCGCUACCAGAGAGGAGCGCAGGGGAGUGCCCUGCACCGCGGACAGCCGACACACACACACACACACACACACACACAGCCUCCUCCUCCUCCUCCUCUACUUCUUCCUCCUCCUGCACUGAAGCCGGACUGCCGGAGAAACUCCACCGACUCUCAGCUGUUAUUGUCGCUGUCAAAGCCCCGUCUGCAGCCCCCAUCAGCCGGCUGCACACAAAAUCGACCCGCGGUCCCCAUCCGGUAGGCCUGACGUAGCAUCAUGGAGGAGUUAGACGUUCCACAGAUGAGGAGAGAAGUGGAAAGCCUUCAGUAUCAGCUGGCAAUCAACAGAGAGAAAUCCUCCAUCACUGUUACCGAGCUGGUGAAGUGGAUCGAGGGUUGUGUUUGUGAAGAUCCAUUUCUGAACCCUGAGCUGAUGAGAGCCAAUCCCUGGGUGGAGAAGGGCAAGUGUGUGAUCCUCUAAUGGUCACACACACACACACACACGCACACACACACACACACACACACACACACACACACACACACACACACAAAUAGACACACAAUCACAGAUGCAUAUAAACUAAAGAAUCAUGCACUCCAACGCUGCACUAACUCACCCAUUCUCUCUCCCUCUCUCACACACACGCACACACAACACACACACGCACACACACACACACAUUAUUGCUAUUAUCAUGUUUAUUUAUUGGGAGACUGAAUGCUUUUAAUUUAUGUUAAGCCUACUGUGUGUGUGUGAGUGUGCAGCACUGAGUAGCUUUCUAGAGAUUUGUUUUCAUGGACUGCUGAGAAAUGUUCAACAACACGUUUUUAUUGGCUCUUUACACUGUCAAUCAAAAAUAAAGACUGUUUGGAAUUUAA